GGAAGAGAUAGUGGAUAACGUGAGAGAGAGAGAGAGAGCUGAUAGCACCGAGUCUGAGAAUACAGCACAGGACUGGAAACAGCGCAUUAGUUUGAGACAAUAGAAAAGAACAAAUCAGGAUUUAAGCAGAGUAACGAGAGAGGUAAAAAAAAAGCUUGACACCAUCUUUGCAUCCUUAUCGGGUGCUUGAGCCCAAGCCCUUUUUUUUUUUUUUUUUUUUUUUUUUUUUUUUUGCAAAACCGUUUCUUUACUCAUUCGCUUUGAAGCGCGCUCGCCAGAGUUUGCCUGCUGCCUCCCAUGUACAAAAUGGAUUACUCUUACCUGAACACCUACGACUCGUGCAUGGCAGCGAUGGAAGCCUCGGCCUACGCGGACUUCAGCUCGUGUAGCCAAGCCAACACAUUCCAGUACAACCCCAUUCGGACCAGCUUUGGGGCCAGCCCGGGAUGCCCGCCUCUGAGCACGGCCAGCUGCACGCUAGGCGCCCUAAGGGAACACCAGCCCGCCCCUUACUCCACAGUACCCUACAAGUUCUUCUCCGACCCCUCGGGGCUGAACGAGAAGCGGAAACAGAGGAGGAUCCGAACGACUUUCACAAGCUCGCAGCUGAAGGAACUCGAGCGAGUGUUCGCGGAGACUCACUACCCCGACAUUUACACUAGAGAGGAGCUGGCGCUCAAGAUAGACCUCACCGAAGCCAGAGUCCAGGUUUGGUUCCAGAACAGACGUGCCAAGUUCCGCAAGCAGGAGCGUGCUGCCAACUCCAAGGGGGGCAGUAACGGCAACAGCAGCAGUGGGAAUUCAGGCGCCAAGAAGGGAGACCCUAGGUCCUCGUCGGAGGAUGACGAAUCAAAAGAGUCGACAUGCAGUCCAACACCAGACAGUACCGCCUCCCUCCCUGGCUCUGGGAACAUGGGCAGCCCUGGGAGCAGCCUGAGCCCCAGCCCAGUGUCCGUGUCUACAGGUGCAGCAGGCUAUGGGAAUGGCCCUUCCUGUGUGCCCCAGGCUCUGAAAGCCCCUGCCUGGUCUAGUAUGGGAACCUCAAGUGGUGGUGGUCUCAACCCCAGUGGAGUCCCAGGCUCUGAGCUGUUGAAGGCCUGGCAGCCCGCAGACAGCAUGGUGGGACCCUUCGCUGGAGUGCUCUCCAGCUUCCACCGAAAACCUAACGCCCUCAAGACGAACCUAUUCUAGAAACAUACCAAUGGACUACUCUCCAACCAGACUCCUUCUGCUUCAUUCACCUGGAGUCCCUGGUUUGUAGGAGGGAGAGAAUGGGGUGGAGAAGAGUAAAAUGCUUUCACCUCCCCCCAGUAUUUAAUGCCACAAAAUUUAAGGCUGCUGUUCGAGAAAAGCCUUUGACAAUUCUAGAACCAAACUCUUCUUUUAUUUUACAGUAUUAGGAUACAGUAUCAGAGCUUCAGAGGAAACAGAGGGGUGUACUUUUAUAUAAUACCAUUCAGUAUUCUAUAAGACAGGGUUCCCAGUGUGCUUUACAGGGCCCAUUAUCUUGUAAGAAAAUUGAAACACAGCUGAACUAAUGUUUAAACUCCCUCCAGUUACUGUAAACAGCAGCACAGCUAACUUUUUAUAAAGAACAAAUAACCAUUUGGGGGCAAUCUAUAGACUAUAGCUCCUGAAAAAACUAAUUAAUUUUAACUUAAUACAAUAAAUAAAU